AUGUUGCCAAACAUUUGUUGGCAUUUCUCCAUAUUUUAUUGUUUUAUAAUGUUAUUGGCUAUUUUUGAUGACAAUUCCUCAGCUAAUGCUAGUUUUUUUAAAUCUAAAAGAAGCCAUGUUGGUUAUCAAAAAUUAGAAAAAGUGGACGAUGAAGCUGAAAAUGGGGAAUUGGAGAACGAGGGGAAACAACCCAAAAUUGAUUAUGAGGAAAAGUUUAAAGAAAUGGAAGUUGAAGCAAAACUUGUUGGAAAUUUUGAGAAAUAUAAGAAAAUAGCUCUUGGUUUUAUUGAAACUAUAACAGAUUUCGAAAAUAUAGACAAAUAUAUAGCCAAAUUUGAUGAUCUAAAAACUUUAGAUAAAGAAAUUCUAAAAUUCUUUAAAAAUGCCCCAUCUUUUAAAAAAUUUAUAGAUCAUUUCAGCAAACGUUACCAAGCUAUAAACACGUCUAAAAAUACGUCGAAAACACUCAAGAAAAAUUUUGAGAAAUUGGGUAACAAUCUGAAAGGAUUGGAUGAAGAAAAUUUUUCAAAUUUUUUGGACAAAAUAGAAAUGUGUAUGGAGGAAAGCUAUAAAAGUAUCUACAAAAUUUUCGAAAAGAACGAAGCUUUGAAAAAAAAUUCGAAAGAAAUAUGCGGGCAUAUGUUGCCCUAUACAAAGAAUCACAUUAACCUUGAAAUUUCUCUUGGCGAAGAAUUGAGUAAAGCCUUGCAAGGUGCCAAGGGAGAUAAUAAGCAAGAGAUUUCGGAUAAAUUGAACUCGAUUAAGGAAAAAGAAGAUGAAGACUUGAAACAAUUUUUUGAUAAAUUUGAGAAGAAAAAGGAUAGCUUUAUUAAUCGUCAAUUGAAGAAAUUCGAGAAAAAGAACAAAAAUUAUCAAAAAUUGGGUAAAAAAGGAAAUUAAAUGUUGUAAAAAAACCUGUACUUUUCCGUUAUAUCUUUGCCCACAAUGGAGCUAAAGUAUGAUUCUCUGCUUUUUAGAAACAAAAGUUCAAGUUUAGUGCGUCUUAUAUGUAUCUUUUGGGUGACUAAAGCUCCUUAUUCCCAUAAAAAUUUUUAUGAGACCCCACCCUUAUCAUUCUUUCCAAAAAUCAGACAUAAAUUUUAAAAUACCAUCAAAGCUGACAAAAAUUCAAUGAUAUUUUUCUUAUAUUAAAGUUUUUUAUUAACUUAAUCCUUUACCAUAAUUCAAUUUGACCAUUUUAUAAGAAAGGAAAUAUGUAAAUAAAAGAAAUUGUGGGGAUAUAAUGGAAAAGUAUCAGGAAAAAUAUGUCACACAAAUUAUGUGGUCAACUCCCUGUCUUGUGUGUUCAGCUCUCCGUCUACAUGUCCGCAGAAGCACCUGUGACAAUAUUUUCAUUUUAUUUUUAUUUUUUUAUUAUUUAUUAUUACUAUUUUAUAUACAACAUGAAAGAGUUAUCUUUUCUUUAAGA